AUGGUGCUGUUAACUUCCUCGACCGUCUCAGUCAUCCUGUCGACCGGGGUUAUCUCCAUUUUCACCUUUCUUCUGUUUCUCUCCGGAUACACUCUUCAACAGCAAUCCGUCCGAAAUAUCCAACAUGCUCUCCGCCCUCCGACACCCCCCGAUCCCAUGGGAGGCCAUGGGCCGUCAGGAUCGUCAUUCCAAGGAAAAAAGCGAAGUAUCCUGUCCGAUAUAGAUUCAGACAGCACCCAGGAAGAUGACUCUAUGCGACGAAGAUCCAGGGGAAACCUCGCCUAUCUCCAACUUCUCUCAACCCCGGAUCCAUCCGACAUAUGCUCGGCGAUUCUCUUCUUCAAACAACUCGCUUCAAACGGGACGGAAGUCCAGGACCGUCUCUUCAUGUAUCCACAAGAAUGGGAUCUGAUAUCCGCCAGCAAUCUCUCCAAACCCGUCACAACUGCCCUCUCUCUCCUCCGCGACGCAAGCCUCAAAUACGGCAUCUGGCUCCUUCCCAUCGAUAUGACCAGAGCCACUGCCGCAGGGUACGAGCCAACCGAUACCAAACUGCUCAGUCUAGGUCAGAUCCAGUUCAUGCAAUAUGACAGUGUCUUGUACGUCCAGACGCCCGGUUUGCUACUGGACACGGGGAAGCUUGACGAAUUGCUUCUCUCGCGACCAUUGCCCCUGCGACACGACAAGUCCCGACAGGAGUCAUUCAACAAUGAGGCCUGGAUCCCUAUGCCGUUGCGAGCGGAACGAGACGCCACCCUUCCUCCAGUAUACUUGAUUACCGUCAAUAAUGUUGGCAGUGGCCAAGUCGAGGCGCGGGGUCAUAUUCCCAACGUAGCGAUUCCGGGAUUCGGGAGCCUAGUUACCGGCCCCUGGGGUGCACAGUCAUCCCAGGGGAACGAUUACGACCCAGAUAAACAGCCUGCGUAUGUCUUCUUCGAGCAUGAUGACGACGGACAUGUUCAAUGGGCGAAAAACCCUUUGUAUGGGUCUUGGAGAGCCCAGCAAUACCAAGUAUGCGAGGGCUUAGAUUUUGAUGACGUGCAUGAUGAUGAUCUAUAG